UUCAUUCAGAGUGGAUCUUUAGCUCCCUGAUUUCAAAUGUACAUUGUUAGAGGGCUCCUUCCUGAAGAGUUUUUUUACCUCUGGUUUCUCUUAAUACAGUUCUCCAGUCACUGACCUUGAAGUGACUCAUGUAAACUAAUGCCAAAGUUUAAAUUGCCCUUUAUUAUAUUUAUCAAGAAUACACAUGCCUCUCCGGCCUUAAGUAUUCACAUGCUACCAGGUCAUUGUCAGUUUAUGGUAUUAUGUUGCUUUAUUUAAAGGAUUGAAUUAAUAGAAAAAAUUGUUCUGUAAUAAAAAUCUACUUUGACAUUAAAAAAAAAAAAGAAAGAAAGAAAGUGAGUCAUGUGGGGAGACGAUGCUGAGAUCUGUGUCCAGCUCAAGAAAAGUUCUUUACUGUUUUUUCAUUUCAGAUCAUGGCUAAAGGAGGCAUAGUCAGAUCUGGAACCCACACUCUGCCUGUGGAGUCAGGAGACAUGAAAGGCAGUUUUGUCUUAUCGUUCCCUGUGGAGUCAGACAUUGCUCCCAUUGCACGAAUGUUCACCUUUGCCAUUUUACCAGAUGGAGAAGUUGUUGGAGACUCUGAAAAAUUUGAGAUUGAAAACUGUCUAGCCAACAGGGUGGACUUGAGCUUCAGCCCAGCACAAAGUCUCCCAGCCUCACACACCCAUCUGCGAGUGGCAGCUGCUCCGCAGUCGCUCUGUGCCCUUCGCGCUGUGGACCAAAGUGUGCUGCUCAUGAAGCCUGAGGCUGAACUCUCCACGUCCUCAGUGUAUAAUCUGCUAACUGUGAAGGAUCUCACCGGUUUUCCUGACAAUGUGAACCAGCAGGAGGGAGAACACGAACCCUGCCCCGACCCCUUCAUCUUUCAUUAUGGGGCCUUCUAUGUUCCCUUAUCAAGUAAUGAUGAAGCAGAUGUUUAUGGCUUCCUCAAGGAGAUGGGAUUAAAGGUGUUCACUAACUCAAAAGUCCGAAAACGAAAGUCAUGUUCAGUCACCCCCAUUGCGCCUGUAGGAGGAGUGAGUCAAGGAUACUAUGGAGCUUCAGGAAUGGCAGCGAUGCCAUAUUCUCCACAAUUUGGUGCACAAAAUAUAAUACCUGUAAGUAAUGAACAAAAUUCAGGGCCAGUCCCUGAAACGGUGCGGAGUUAUUUUCCUGAGACUUGGAUCUGGGAGUUGGUGGCAGUGGACUCAUCGGGUGAGGCUGAGGUAGGAGUAACAGUCCCAGACACCAUCACCGAGUGGAAGGCAGGGGCCUUCUGCCUGUCCGAAGACGCUGGACUUGGUAUCUCUCCCACCGCCUCUCUCCGAGCCUUCCAGCCCUUCUUUGUGGAGCUCACAAUGCCCUACUCUGUGAUCCGUGGAGAGGUCUUCACACUCAAGGCCACUGUCCUAAACUACCUUCCCAAAUGCAUCCGGGUCAGUGUGCAGCUGAAAGCCUCUCUGGCCUUCCUGGCUUCCCAAAAUACAAAGGGAGAAGAAUCCUAUUGUAUCUGUGGAAAUGAGAGGCAAACCUUGUCUUGGACAGUGACUCCUAAAACUCUGGGGAAUGUGAACUUCUCAGUGAGUGCAGAGGCAAUGCAGUCCCUAGAACUCUGUGGAAAUGAGGCUGCUGAGGUCCCUGAGAUUAAAAGAAAAGACACAGUCAUCAAAACUUUGUUGGUGGAGGCUGAAGGUAUUGAGAAAGAAAAGACUUUCAAUUCCAUGACCUGUGCCUCGGGUGCUGAGGUGUCUGAGCAGCUGUCCUUGAAGCUCCCAUCAAAUGUGGUCAAAGAAUCUGCCAGAGCCUCUUUCUCAGUUCUGGGUGACAUACUAGGUUCUGCUAUGCAAAAUAUACAAAAUCUCCUCCAGAUGCCCUAUGGCUGUGGAGAACAGAACAUGGUCCUAUUUGCUCCUAACAUCUAUGUCUUGAGCUAUCUGAAUGAAACCCAGCAGCUGACAGAGGAGAUCAAGGCCAAGGCCAUUGGCUAUCUCAUCAGUGGUUACCAGAGACAGCUGAACUACAAACACCAAGAUGGCUCCUACAGCACCUUUGGGGAACAAUAUAGCUGGAACCAGGGCAACACCUGGCUCACGGCUUUUGUACUGAAGACUUUUGCCCAGGCUCGAACCUACAUCUUCAUUGAUGAAGUGCACAUCACCCAAUCUCUCACGUGGCUCUCUCAGAUGCAGAAGGACAACGGCUGUUUCAGGAGCUCUGGGUCACUGUUCAACAAUGCAAUAAAGGGAGGAGUAGAAGAUGAAGUGACCCUCUCUGCCUAUGUUACCAUUGCCCUUCUGGAGAUUCCUCUCCCAGUCACUCACCCUGUUGUUCGCAAUGCCCUGUUCUGCCUGGAGUCGGCCUGGAAUGUAGCAAAGGAGGGGACCCAUGGGAGCCACGUCUACACCAAGGCAUUGCUGGCCUAUGCUUUUUCCCUAGUGGGAAACCAAAACCGGCGUAGAGAAAUACUGAGCUCACUUGAUGAGGAAGCUGUGAAAGAAGACAACCUCAUCCAUUGGGAGCGUCCUCAGAAACCCAAGGCACCAGUGGGGCGUUUUUACCAACCCCAGGCUCCCUCUGCUGAGGUAGAGAUGACGUCCUAUGUGCUCCUCGCUCACCUCACGGCCCAGCCAGCCCCCACGUCAGGGGACCUGACCACUGCAACGCACAUUGUGAAGUGGAUCAUGAAGCAGCAGAACUCUCAGGGCGGUUUCUCCUCUACCCAGGACACAGUGGUGGCUCUCCAUGCCCUGUCCAGGUAUGGAGCAGCCACUUUCACCAGAACUGAGAAAACUGCACAGGUCACCGUUAAGGAUUCACAGACCUUUUCCACAAAUUUCCAAGUAGACAACAACAACCUCCUGCUACUGCAGCAGACCUCAUUGCCAGAGCUGCCUGGAGAAUAUGUGAUAACAGUAACUGGGGAAAGAUGUGUAUAUCUUCAGACAUCCAUGAAAUACAAUAUCCUUCCAGAGAAAGAGGACUCUCCAUUUACUUUGAAAGUGCAGACUGUGCCCCAGACUUGUGAUGGACACAAAGCCCACACCAGCUUCGAGAUCUCACUGACCAUCAGUUACACAGGAAACCGUCCUGCUUCCAAUAUGGCGAUUGUUGAUGUAAAGAUGGUAUCUGGUUUUAUUCCCCUAAAGCCAACAGUAAAAAUGCUUGAAAGAUCGAGCUCCGUGAGCCGGACAGAACUGAGCAACAACCAUGUCCUUAUUUAUGUGGAACAGGUGAGGGCUCUGACGUCCUGGCUGAGAGUGACAAAUCAAACACUAAGUUUUUCCUUCACGGUUCUGCAAGACGUCCCAGUAAGAGACCUGAAGCCAGCGAUUGUUAAAGUCUAUGAUUACUAUGAGACAGAUGAGUCUGCGGUUGCUGAGUACAUCGCCCCCUGCAGCACAGAUACAGAGCAUGAAAAUGUUUGAGGACCACACAGGCUGUAUAUUUUGCUGGAUUCUCCGUCCUACACAUUUUCUUAGAAGGAAUGGAGUUGUUUGUCUCUAUAAAAUAGACACUAAAAAGGCUUGCUGAAUAAAUAUGUAUUUCUGGCCAAACUA